ACGAGGGCGUUGUCGACUACGCCCCCCCUACUGCCGCUGGUCCCGGCAUUCGCUGUUUGCGGGGCCCAGCUCGAGUAGCGGGGUCCGGCUCUGACUAGCGGCGCCGGGAGCGCGGAGGGUCGGAGGCGCUCCCUUGAAACCGGAGUGUGAGACAAGCCGGGCAGUCAGUUUUUGUCUCUGUUGGGUGUUUUCCAUGCUCCAUCAUGUUGAGGGCUAAGAGUCGUCUCUUUUUGCUUUCACCUCAUCACCUGAAGCAACUAAAAGAGUCAUCAGUCUCUAGGGAUUUAUGUCAGCGACUUCUGCACCAGCAACAGCCACUUCACCCAGAAUGGGCUGCCCUGGCUAAAAAGCAGCUGAAAGGCAAAAAUCCAGAAGACCUAAUAUGGCGCACCCCAGAAGGGAUCUCUGUGAAGCCCUUAUAUUCCAGCAGGGACACCAAGGACUUACAGGAAGAGCUUCCAGGAAUGAAGCCAUUCACACGUGGACCAUAUCCCACCAUGUACACUUUUAGGCCCUGGACCAUCCGCCAGUAUGCUGGCUUUAGUACUGUUGAAGAGAGCAAUAAGUUCUAUAAGGACAAUAUUAAGGCCGGUCAACAGGGAUUAUCAGUUGCCUUUGACCUGGCAACACAUCGUGGCUAUGAUUCAGACAACCCUCGAGUUCGUGGUGAUGUUGGAAUGGCUGGAGUUGCAAUUGACACUGUGGAAGAUACCAACAUUCUUUUCGAUGGAAUUCCUUUAGAAAAAAUGUCAGUUUCCAUGACCAUGAAUGGAGCAGUUAUUCCAGUCCUUGCAAAUUUUAUAGUAACUGGAGAAGAGCAAGGUGUACCUAAAGAGAAACUUACUGGUACAAUCCAAAAUGAUAUACUAAAGGAGUUUAUGGUCAGAAAUACUUACAUUUUUCCUCCACAACCAUCCAUGAAAAUUAUUGCUGACAUCUUCCAAUAUACAGCAAAGCACAUGCCAAAAUUUAAUUCAAUUUCAAUUAGUGGAUACCAUAUGCAGGAAGCAGGAGCUGAUGCCAUUCUGGAACUGGCCUAUACCAUAGCAGAUGGAUUGGAGUACUGUAGAACGGGACUCCAGGCUGGCCUGACAAUUGAUGAAUUUGCCCCAAGGUUAUCUUUUUUCUGGGGAAUUGGGAUGAACUUCUAUAUGGAAAUAGCAAAAAUGAGAGCUGGGAGAAGACUCUGGGCUCACUUAAUAGAGAAGCUUUUUCAGCCCAAAAACUCUAAAUCCCUUCUUCUAAGAGCACAUUGUCAGACAUCAGGAUGGUCUCUUACUGAGCAGGAUCCUUACAAUAACAUUAUUCGUACUACAAUAGAAGCAAUGGCAGCAGUCUUUGGAGGAACUCAGUCUUUACACACAAAUUCUUUUGAUGAAGCCUUGGGUUUGCCGACUGUGAAAAGUGCUCGAAUUGCUCGAAACACACAAAUCAUCAUUCAGGAAGAAUCUGGGAUUCCCAAAGUGGCUGAUCCUUGGGGAGGUUCAUACAUGAUGGAGUCUCUCACAAAUGAUGUUUAUGAUGCUGCUCUGAAGCUCAUUAAUGAAAUUGAAGAAAUGGGUGGAAUGGCCAAAGCUGUGGCAGAGGGAAUACCUAAACUUCGAAUUGAAGAAUGUGCUGCCCGAAGACAAGCUAGAAUAGAUUCUGGUUCUGAAGUAAUUGUUGGAGUAAAUAAGUACCAGCUGGAAAAAGAAGAACCUGUGGAUGUUUUGUCAAUUGAUAAUACUUCAGUGCGUAACAAGCAGAUUGAAAAACUUAAGAAGGUCAAACGUAGCAGGGAUCCUGCUUUGGCUGAACGGUGUCUUGCUGCACUGACUGAAUGUGCUGCCAGUGGAGAUGGGAAUAUCCUGGCUCUUGCAGUGGAUGCAGCUCGUGCAAGAUGUACAGUUGGAGAAAUCACAGAUGCCCUGAAGAAAGUAUUUGGUGAACAUAAAGCUAAUGAUCGUAUGGUGAGCGGAGCCUAUCGCCAGGAAUUUGGGGAAAGUAAAGAGAUAUCAUUUGCUAUCAAGAGGGUUCAUAAAUUCAUGGAACGUGAAGGUCGCAGACCCCGUCUUCUUGUGGCAAAAAUGGGGCAGGAUGGACAUGACAGAGGAGCAAAAGUUAUAGCGACAGGAUUUGCUGAUCUUGGUUUUGAUGUGGACAUUGGUCCUCUUUUUCAGACUCCCCUUGAAGUGGCCCAGCAGGCUGUGGACGCAGAUGUGCACGCUGUGGGCGUGAGCACACUCGCUGCUGGUCACAGAACCCUUGUUCCCGAGCUCAUCAAACAACUAACCGCCCUUGGACGGCCAGAUAUUCUUGUUAUGUGUGGAGGGGUGAUACCACCACAGGAUUAUGAAUUUCUGUUUGAAGUUGGUGUUUCCAAUGUGUUUGGUCCUGGGACUCGAAUUCCAAAGGCUGCUGUUCAAGUACUUGAUGAUAUUGAGAAGUGUUUGGAAAAGAAGCAGCAAGCGAUGUAACAUCCUGUUUUUGUUUUAGCUUUUCCCUAAAAUAUUCUUUCAGUGGUGAUCAAAGAAGAUAUUUUCAGUUUAAUCCAGUGCCUGAUACAUGCUUUCCUGAAAGCUUUAUGUUAAAAUACCCGACUUAUAAGAUGUUGUCAUGCUAUAAGUGUGUGAGUACAGCUUCACUCAGAAAGAUUGUUAUCAUGUAUUGUUAAAAACUGAAAUAAGAAGUCUUCAUGUUAAAAUUAAAAAAAUAUUUCCUCAAAAGCGCAAUAACACAUGCUCAAUACUUUAUCAGAAACUAUAGGCAAAGGUAUUUUCAAGAACAUGAUUUUUCUGAAAUACUGCUUGUAAAUCUACUUUCUAUUUUAAGAAUUAAAGUACACCUUAAAAAAAUCUGUGUAAUCCCAUUUUCAAUUUAGCAUUAUAUUGACUCGAGCACCAGAAAGUAAAGUCCAUAUAUGAAUAAAAUAAU